CCCUUUAAUCUGCCUCCAUGCCGCAGCAUACCUAGGGACGAGUUUAGACCAAAGAGUUAUCUAUAGGCCUAGCUAGCUACCUAUUGACGACGGUGUUGUAAUCGCCUGCGCGCGCGCACGCUGGCGCCACUCGAAACCUCGCGUCAAGCUGAGAUAAAUAUUUCUCCUUGUUGGUCGGGACGGCGACAUUUCAGUAAACGUUCCCUCAUCAUCAUCAUUCGUCCAUCUCUCGGUUUAUGAGUUGGUGGAUAAGACUGCACUAGAAAGAAAGAUGGGAGACUGUUUGAUAUUUCAUCUGGUCUGCCUGGCCUGUGUCACCCUGGUGAUCGCCUACGAUGUUCCGAAUCUCGACAAAGAUUGCUCGAUCUCAGCGGUGUGUGGGCGAAAAACAUGGGCGGAGAAGAAGGGCGUCUGUGCCUCAAACGGAGAAUUCUACCACACCUUGUGCGGACUACAAGUGUACCGAUGCGAAACAGGACUAGAUAUCUCCCCAGUUAUAUUCACAGACGAUGUGAAUGAUUGCGUAAGAAAGACGAGAGAAAGGCGAGGUGCCCAUCAUCGAUCUCGGCGGGCUCAAAAACAUGUCAUCUUGGAGGCGAUUUCCUGGAAAAUCGCUGCCAGACAACAUCUCGGCUACUACCAUCCCAACAUAUCCAUCAAUGUCACGUUCCAGACAUCCAGGUUGGGCGAUACCAUCCAAGGACGAGGUUUAUGGAAGGCUGGUCUGUAUCGGAGUCAGUUUGAAGACGGGUUUGGUGAUCGAGCUGGACCGUAUGUACAGCAGUUACUGAGCGACGAGGAAGCUUCCAUGAAAGUUCGUACUGGAAGACCUCACUAUUUCACCAACCUCCAAACAGUGUAUGAUUUGAAUGAGGUAGGAUGUAGUGACUUCCUGUACCUGUGCGUAGAGUUUUCUCAGGGAGAUAACCCUCGCCCACCCUACACACUCACUAUUACAUCAUUAACCGGAAGCGCUGUUCUAUGCACCGAGAUACCGUGCUAUGGGAGAACCGGUGAUGGAGUGGAUAGAACAUGUCGCCUCCCUUGUCCUGGCGAUGCUGAGCCGGUCUGUGGCAAUGACGGAAUCACCUACUCGAGUUCCUGCGAAAUCGACAACAUAGUAAGAUGUCUGUCACAAAACGUGGGGGUCGCCUACUAUGGCGAAUGUCGAAUAGGAGUAAUUAUGGAGAGUAUGUUCUGGUCAGCCGGAGUGGUGAGCAAUGAGCCUGGAGAACUGACCGAGCUGGAAAUGGAAGCUUUCCUCUUUGCAAACGAGUCCAGUGAGAGCGUGGCCGGAACGAAUCUCUGGCGCAUGGGGGUAUUUGGCAGCAUGAACGUCAAUGGAACAGGACCAAAGUUUGGAUACAUUCCACAGAUUCUGGAAGGAAAAAGUGCGAGUCAGAUACUGGUAUCUGGCCUUCCGCUUCCAAUCCGAGCCCGGUUUCCUUUCGACGUUGGGACGAUUGGCUGUAACGAAUUCCACUUCAUGUGUAUGGAGUUCACUCGUGGCAAUAAUGCGGAACCUUUCUUUCCAUUCCAAACCAACAGUGGGAAGGAGGUCUUCACAAGUUGCCGGGCGGCGCCGUGUGACCCACUAGCCAGUUUGCUCCGUAUGGCGGUUGGACCAGUCACUUGGGGGCUUACAGUGAUGGCCGCCCGUAGAAGCGCUCCCAGUGACAUCGUACUUGAUUUGAAUGCCCAACUCAGUCCUGACAGUGACGUCAUUCGCGGACAAGGUCUUUGGCGAGUAGGAUUGUUCGGCAGCCCUAUGGCCAAUGGGAGCUCCGAUGAGAGGUUUAAUUACGUACGGCAGCUCCUCGAUCCUUCCCAGGCAUCUGUACCUGUCAUACCCGGGGGAAAAAUCAACUUUCCGUCUCUUCCAACUCAGUUUGACAUUAUGAAGCUCGGCUGCUCGAAGUUCAAGUAUAUAUGCCUCGAGAUCGCGAAGGGUGACGAACCUCGACCAGAUUUCGUCUUUCACAACGAUGCGCAGAAACCCCUUAUCUUCUGCAAAUCCGUGUCAUGUCCAGGUCCUUCAAAACCAGUCGUUCGUCUGCUUUCACUCGACUGGGAUUUACAUCUGCUUGAGCACAACAUCGGCCGCCCAAACAAUGUAAGCAUCAGCGUCACAAUUGCUACUUCAGAACGAUCGUCCCCGCUCAACGGUACCAACCUGUGGAAAUUGGGAUUUUUCACCAGCGAAAAUGGUCCAGACAGAGGUGCUAUCAGAGGACAGCAUCGGGAGCAGAUCUUAACCGAGGCAGCUUCGUCGACUCCUAUUACUCCCGGGAUGCCACUGGACUUUGUAGACGUGCUCUCUUCCGUCGACGUAACUGGUAUGGGAUGCACAGGGUCAGAGUUCAACUACAUCUGCAUUUCGUUCGCCAAGGGAGACUCUCCAAACCCGGACUUUGAUUUACCGUUGCGUAAUGACGAAGCUGUUUCAUGCAAGAGAAUAACUUGCCAAGCGGCGCAGUCUCAAAAGAAUGCCCUCUUCCAGCGGGUGGUAGCAAACUGGCAAAGCGUAAGAUCCCCUAGUGCUAAUAUCGAGGUAACGAUGACAUUAACACCAGACACCGGUAGUGAUACCAUCAGGGGAAACAACCUAUGGAAGAUGGGUGUCUAUGCAACGGAUUCCCAACGAGCUGAGAACCCUACCAAGUAUGGAUACAGGCAAAACAUACUCACUCAGCAAGCUAUGAUGACGCCUAGCUAUCAGUAUGGAACCAAUCUCGUUCUGUCCGGUGAAGUUGAUUUCGACACUAGACUUAUGUGCGAUGGACCAAACCCACACCCAUACUUCUGCGUUGAAAUGCGCAGGAAUGAAGCUUCGUCCGUGGAUUUUACCAUUCCGAUCAGUGGAGGCAUCUUAAAAGUAUGCAACCGCUUCAAUUGCCAAGCUGUUAUACGUGAUACCGCCAAGUACACGAGGAUGGGCGCUCAGAUAGACAUGCCUUCAAGUGGAAACCAGAUUGGUGCUUCACUUACUAUAACCCCUGCGUCUGAUACCACUAGAAUCGUUGGUGAUGGACUGUGGAAAGUUUCAGCUUUCGCCAGUAGAAAUGCUCAAGGCACAGGCACUAGGAACGGCGAAGUAAGGAACAUCCUUGACAGACAAUCACUGCGUGCUCCUAUGGAAGCUGGUCGCGAAAUGACUCUGAAUGGCGAAUUCGAUUUCCCCCGGAGAGCCGAUUUGGGUUGCAGAGCUGACUACCAGUACCUGUGUUUCGAGUUUGCUAAAGGAGACCGACCUUCCAUGACAUUUGAAAUGCAGUCGAAUACCAUGUGCCGGGAACAGACGUGUAGCGGUGACGAGCCCUCAAACAGGGGCAACGGGGGCAGCUCCUCGGGGAAAACCGCCAGGUACACCAAUAUCGGCGCCUCACUAAGCAGAAGAAACACACGUGUGAGCGCCACUCUAAGUGUGACCCCCGCAGAGAAUACGGACAUCAUUAGCGGCGAUGGACUCUGGAGGGUCGGAGCUUUUGGCAGUGCAAAUUCACGGGGCGAAGGACGAAGAAGUGGCGAAGUCCCGGACAUCCUCGAUUAUCUUGGCAGGCGCAAAACUCUCCAGCCACCUACAAGACGGGAUGAUAACAUCAUGGAGCUGUCUGGCUCUUUUACUUUCCGUGAUGCCGAUCAGCUGGGCUGCAAUAAUGCCUACCGCUAUUUAUGUUUUGAGUACGCUAAAGGAGACAAUCCAUCCACCGAAUUUUCCAUGUCGCCAAUCGUACUCUGUGAAGAACAACAGUGUGACAGUGGAUCGACGGGCGGACACGGAACAGGGGGAUCUGGUACCAGCGGAGGAAACAAUAAUCGUGGUACUGGCAGUGGUACUAGCGGUGGUACUAGUCCUAGCGGUGGUACUAGUCCUAGCGGUGGUAGUCAUGGAAACGGUGGUAGUGGGUCAAAUGUAGAAGACAACAGGAACAAAAAUAUUGACAUCACUGGCCUAGCAUGGGCGCCUGAAUUGUCUCGUGGGGGGUUCUUUGACUCGGUUGAGGCUACUGUUAACCUAGACGUGUCUCCUGGAUCUACUUUCGACGGUACAAACUUGUGGAGGAUGGGAGUUUUCGCGAGUGACGACGCCCAAGGGACCAGUCGUAAUGACGAAGCCCCCCAGGUCUUAGAUAUGGGAGACAGAUCAAGGUCCAUUGUAUCAGGAAGGCCCAAUACUUUCCAAAUAAGAAAUCCCAGAGUAAAUAUCUCAGAUGCCGGAUGUGACGGAAAGCGCUACUUGUGUCUCGAGUUCGGCAAGAGCAGUCGUCCCAACCCGCCAUAUACCAUACGAGAUUCGAAAUCAGACGGAGGCACUAGGGUAUCCUGCAAGGUUCAGCAAUGUAAAAUAACACCCAAGAUUUUAGUGAACAGCGUAAGGCCUACAAGCAGCGAAGGCAUUGAAAUACGUGAGGGAGAGCAAAACGAAGUCGAUUUCGAUGUCCUUGUCAAGUACAACCGUGGUGCCAGUAUGGGCAUUCGGGGUCGGAAUCUAUGGAAGGUCCAGGCAUGGGGCUCGGCGACUGAUAGAGACACCGAGGACAAAAUUUCUCCCACCGAUCAGAUUUUGGGCGACUUCGAAAGGGAUACCGCAGUAGACAUGGGAUCUGAGAGACCCGAGUUUAAGUUCCAGAGACUUUCACAUACAAUCGAAAUGAGGCCUGACGUGAAAUGUAAGAAAAUGAAGUUCCUAUGCGCCCGACUCCAGAAGGACCGUCCACAACCUGACUUCAAACUGAUGGCAAGAGAUAAUAAUGCCGAUAACCUCAUGGGUUGUGUCAAAGUCCGAUGCAUUGGUGUUAACAUGACUGCUGAUUUGCUCUCUACCUCAACUCCCUCUCGUGGUAUUGUCCAUCCUAUUCCUCCUGUGCACCCUUCUCCUACCCCAAACCCUUCCAAUCCAACAGCCGAGGCUAAGCCACAGUUCACAGUGUCGACCAUUGGAGUGGUUCGCGUCCCUUUCUCAGCUGUUCGAUCAGGUCGCAGUAAUGACAUGACCCUGGACAUCAACGUGGUCUACGACAGGGCUACCACUACCGAUAUCACCGGCAAUCCAGGAUGGGCUCUCGAAGCAUGGGGCAGUCCUAAGAAGAAUGGCAAGAAGGCCAAAGUUUCCCCUGCUAAUCUCAGACUGGGAUCCGCAGCUCGACAAAACUUUGAACUAGGAGGUGUGCUCAGAUUCAACAGUAUUCCUUACGAUUUUGAUCUGAAUGGCCAGGCAUGUGGAAGUACCAAAUUCUUAUGCAUUAAGAUCUCCAAAACUGGACCUGGAUUCACCCUGAAGGGCAAACCAAACAGCAAAGUCUUCACCAAGUGCAGUCCCUUGGCGUGCCUUCCCGGUGAAAACGAACCCGCCUCAACAGGUGGUGGUGGUGGCGGUCAUGGCGGUGGUGCUAUGGGUGGUGGUGGUAACUCUGGCGGUGGUGGUCAACAAUCAUCUGGUCCACCUCAAGUGACCCUACUCAACAUGAAUGUGAACUUUGAUCGGUACCCUGUGUCAGAUGGCGAUGUACCAAUUACGGCGAACAUGGACCUAACCUCUUCCCCUGAGUCCGGGGUGCCUGCUGGCCCUAACCUGUGGCACGUUGCUUUCUACGGUAACUCACAGAGUGAUGGUUCGGGCCGCGACAAACUCGGAUACACUGGCAAUGUUCUCACACCCAAGCAGGCCAAGACAUCCCUUGUCCCUGGCGGUUCUAUGAGUAUCAACGGCAUCCGCUUUAAUUUCAAUAUGGGCGCGAUCGGAUGCCAUCCGUAUAACUAUCUGUGCACAGAGUACGGCAAAGGAACUAGCGACAGGUACGAGAUGAUCUAUCCACAGAGUGGAAGGAGAGUCUCUUGCCAGUUGCAACAAUGCAAUUAGCAGGAAAUAGAUAUCUUUUAUUCGGAUCAGACGUUCACCAGAGGCUGUCAAGUCAUCUACCCGUACACAAGACUUAUAAUUAGUACUACUUCUUAGUUUUCCCUUUUAUUUACAUCUUUUGUUGUUGUUGCUCAAUGACGUAUCAAUCCGAUGAACAUCAAGAAUACUGCAUUUGAAGAAAAAAACUCGGGCUAAAAAAAAGGAAUCGAAAUUCUUUUUUCCGUUGAGCGAUUACACAGUCAGUACACAAUGAAGUUCAAAAGAGGUGCAGUUUUCUGUUGACAAACUAAAUGCAAUCCUUCAAGUUGAUUUUGACCUAUACUGUACAUACAAUCCAAUCGCUUUUUAUUUUAAUCAAAUAAGUUAUAUAUAAUAUGUAAUCAUGUUGCUGAGCUCCUUUGCUUGCCAUUAAAACAUUUCUGGGAAGCCUUUUACGAUAAUAUACACUAAAAUGAAGAAGAAGUAAAAAUGAUGUAAAUAUAACAAAUUCAUUAGAUUUGCGAAAUGAGAACAAUAUUAAGGAAGAAUUGUAAGAGUAUGACUGUCUAUUGUACUUGCAAUCUGAAUAGGUGAACAUUGUUUGAUAUCUUAUCGUCCAUGUAGAAUAACUAAGAAUAUUGGUCUUAUAAUAAUAGCUACUUCAUAUAGACAUGCCCCAGAUGAUAUUCCUGGCUUUUGACCAAAUCUGAGUAUAAUCGUACCUCCAAUAUGAAAUGUAAAUUUGUAUUAUUCUUGUAUAUAACAAUAAUCAUACUCGGUGUUCUCAUUUUGAUUUGAACCCGUUUCGAAUAUCAGAAGACCUCUCUUAUGAUAACUGCAUUUCUUAAAACCAUGUCAUGUGCUUGUACUUUAAGUUUAUUAACCGUCGUUGAUGGCGUAUCUAGAAAUUGAGUAACAGGGGUCAAAAUGUAGCAAGAUGACAAAAGCGGCACUACAUGCCGCCCUCCCCUCCCAUGACCCCCCCCCCCCUUUCUGAGGCAUACGAAACGCCAUAUUUGCUGUAAUGAGCAGUCCAAACGACUACCGGGGGGGGGGGGGUCUCUGCGUUAUGUUGGCUACACUGCCCUUAUAAAAAUGCAAUGGUAGUACAGAGUCAUUAUUCAAAAAAGUGCAGCACGUGCCACAAUUAGCUGUUGAAUGGCAUCAGAUUAGGUAGACACCCGACAAAAGAUUAUAUCUAAAUCUCCCUUUUCAUUGAACUUGAACAAAAAUUAAGUUUUAACCUCUGUAUUAAUUGUCCUUUUUUAUGUGGAAUAACCCACAACCCUGGGAGAUUAAUGUUUCAGAUUAAGUUGGAAUCCUGAACAUUUUCAAUCCCUCACGUAGGUUCCGUUGUAAGUAUUACAAUCAAUAAGCCAUGAUUCAAAUAUCUGUCACAUGUUUAAUCAUAUAUCAGUCAUGUAUUGGUUUUCAUGUUAACCAAUUUCAACUGAAACGAGUGUGCCUGUAAACGGACGAGCGCCUAAAAUGAAUUAAACUACAUAUCCUUUCCCUCAACAAA